UACAAUCACCAAAUGCAGGAGUAGGGUCUUACCUUCUCCCGAAGAGCAUGGACAUGGUUAAAUCCCAUGUCUCCUGUCUUACCAUCUUGAUUCACCGCUCGCACCCCCUCUGAAUAUCCGUUUCGCUUCUCGAUGGCACUGCCGCACUCAAGAUCACCAACAAACCUACCAACAACUUAAUAAUAAAUAUUUUAUGACAAAAGAAAGCAUCAUAAAUUGCAAUCGCUUUGCACCUAAUUCCUUAGGACAAGUAGUUUCAUACAUGGGCGUGGGUAAUUAGAGCGUCACCGAUUAUACCCAAAUUACUUACGUAUAAUUAAAAAAGACUUGGAGUGGUCGAAUAAAAAUAGAAUCACCAUUGCGAUUGUUACGAAAGGGUUAAUUCUUGGGCCUUGAUAAUGCCACACGUGUGGCACGAAACAAUUCUGCUCUGACGUUUUUUGAUGGCAAAUUUAGUUACCCGAGGAUGACAACUUUAGUUGUGAAGCAUGGCGACUUUCUGUUUUGAUGGCAAGUUUCAGUUUUUUUGGUUCUUUUCGGAUGGCAACUUUAGUGUGGCAUUUAUCAUUUGGGUUAUUUUUGAAGACCGUGCCCAUAUCCAAAACAUCGUGUACUCAGCCUGGCCAUAUGUUAAAAUUGUCACUUUGGACGAUAGAGAAAUUUUGACUAACUACGGAUAUCUUUUGAAUAUUUAGUUAAUUUCACGACAUCAUUACACAUACAUACAUAAAAAUGUUGGAACAUGCAAGGAAGGUCCCACCCCUACCUCCUCGAGUCCUCUUUCUUUCCCUUUGCCGGCUAACUUUCGCUUUCUUUCUCCUCUCUCUUUCCUCCCCUCUCUCUCUCCUCCCAAUCCCCAAUCCGUCCGUCUCUAGAGGGCCUUAGGCGAGCACAGGCAUCCAGACUAGCAGCUAGGGUUGUUGGUGCAAGCUUUCCUUUCCUCGGAUCCCUUGCACAUCAAGCCUCGAUCGCACCUCACCUCGCGCUUUUUUGACGUCCCCCAAAGCACACACAGACGCAGGGUGCCAGGUUAGUUAUUAGUUCCUCUCUCGGUUGGUGGACAGACACUAGCCAGCCAGAGAGAGAUCACGAGAUCAGGAGAGGCCGCCCAGAGCUAGAGCUAGAAGAAGCAGAAGGAGGAGAAGGGGAUGUCCAUGGCUCAUCAGGCGGCGGCCGGCGGCGGCGACACGAGGCUGACCAAGGUGUUCGUGGGGGGCCUGGCGUGGGAGACGAGCAAGGAGGGCGUGCGCGGCCACUUCGAGCGCUUCGGCGAGAUCCUCGAGGCCGUCGUCAUCGCCGACAAGGGCACCGGCAGAUCCAAGGGCUACGGAUUCGUUACGUUCCGGGAGGCGGAGGCGGCCAUGAGGGCGUGCUUGGAUCCAUACCCGGUGAUCGACGGCAGGAGGGCCAACUGCAACCUCGCCUGCCUCGGGGUCCAGAGGUCCAAGGCGCCGCAACCACUGUCUUAUCUGCAACCAUAUGCUGCAGUGGGCCAUGUCCAUGGUGGAGGCAACAUCAACACGAGGGCAAUGAAAGCUGCCAUUGCUGCUACUGGUGGUGGUGCCACUGCCAGCUUCGUCGACCAUGGCAUCCAGCAAGGGAUCCCCGCCGCGGCCUACAACAUGUACGGGUACUCUCCAUAUUUCUCGGACUACAGCUAUCAGCCACUGACCUAUUAUCAGGCGUACGGUGGGCUAGCCGGAGGGGCGCAGUACCAGGUCUUCAACGGUGGGGCCACCACAGCGCCGACGGCGGGGCUAGCAAUGGCUGAUCCAAACGGGCUCUACCCCUAUUACCAAUAUGCACCUGCCGUGAGUGCCGCGGCUGCAUACAACAUGAUGCAGUACCCCCAGAUGUACCAGUACGCGGCGGUCGGCGCCCCACCGGAGAGCAGCCCUACCGCGGUGUCCGGCCUCCACCAGUUCAUUGGCGCGACCGCGUUUGAGCCUAGUACUGGCGGCCAGGCAGGAGGUAUGACACUGGCUCAGCUGACAGCUCCAGCUCUGCCGGCAUCUGCACCACAGUAUCCACAGUAUCAGUACAGGCUCGUCUCUCCCAUGCCCAUUGCAACACCAGAUCAGAAGAAGCCCUUAGCCUAGAAAACCAUGGCUGCCUUAAUUAAGUCUGCCUCUUCAUGCACCUACAUAUCGUCUUUCUUCAUUUACACAUGCAUAUCCCUGCACUGGGAACUUACUAAGUUGCGGCCAAUGACCACUAUGGGUUGAGUGGUGCAUUUGGCAAGCUAACAGGACUGAAAGUCCAAUUUUCCAUUUUGUAGUAGUCUGGUCUGGUACCUAAUUAAGGUCUUGUAUCUUUUGAAAAAACAAUAAUCUAAAUGCAUGCAUGUGUCCUCAGUCAGCACAAGCAGCUAAUCUAUAUGCAUAUAUAGCUCACAAAUUAAUAGUUAGUCUAUCUUUGGUUAAAUAUUAGUCGUGAAGUUCACAUUACUUAGGUGUAGCAAAGUUUUUGGUGCACCUUGCGCUCUUAAGGAAGAGCGGAUGGUCAAAUAGUUAAGUGGUUGAGUCGCUGCUGAUUUUUCAUAAGCAGCUUAUGUCUCCCAGGGAAAAAAAACUUUUUCAUGGGGUGUAGCUCCAUAGAAAUUAAGCUCAUGGAGUUGCACAAUGAGUUUAGUUAGUCAAGGAUAUUUUUAAACACGUACAUUGGGGUGUCCUUAUAUUUCUCUAUUAAUUUGGUCAUUAACUUUGGUUCCCUUCCUCGUCCCCAACACCAUGCAUGCAUUGCAUCCAUAUAUGCAUCCUCUUCACCAACUAAGGCAGCCAUGGCUAGGCCCAAGCUCGGAUGAAAACUUACAUACCUGAAACAGUGACAAAAUUAUAUUUACUAUUAAUUCGCCGCAGAUUUUAUUAUGUAAUGACUAUUAUGAAAUGCACAUGCAUAUAGCCUCCAUUUCAGAAGCUAAUGUGCGUACAAAUGCAUAUCUUUGGGACUUGCAACACAUUGGCACUCUCUGAACUCA